UGUCGUCGCUAUAGGCGCUUCGGAUUGUAAACUUCACAAUGCCUCAAAAUGAGUAUAUGGAACGCCACAGAAAGCUGUACGGAAGGCGUCUUGAUUACGAAGAACGUAAACGUAAAAAGGAAGCUCGACUACCAAAAGAGAGGGCCCGUAAAGCACGCAAGUUACGAGGAAUUAAAGCAAAGUUAUUCAAUAAGGAGCGACGAAAUGAAAAGAUCCAAAUUAAGAAGAAUAUUCAAUCACAUGAGGAGAAAAAACUGAAAAAACAAGAUGAAAAGGUUGAGGAUGGAGCUUUACCUCAUUACUUGCUUGACAGGGGAGUCCAGUCAAGUGCUAAAGUGCUUUCCAAUAUGAUCAAGCAGAAACGCAAGGAAAAAGCUGGAAAGUGGGACGUGCCCAUACCAAAAGUUCGCGCCCAGUCGGAUGCUGAAGUUUUCAAGGUUCUAAAGACUGGAAAAACUAAGCGCAAAGCAUGGAAGCGAAUGGUUACAAAAGUCACAUUUGUGGGAGAGAAUUUUACUCGAAAACCACCUAAAUUUGAACGUUUUAUUCGACCAAUGGGACUACGAAUGAAAAAAGCUCAUGUAACCCAUCCAGAAUUGAAAGCUACCUUCCAUUUACCUAUUAUUGGUGUAAAGAAAAAUCCCAGUUCGCCAAUGUUUACAUCGUUAGGUGUUAUCACAAAAGGCACAGUUCUAGAAGUUAAUAUCUCUGAGCUGGGAUUGGUGACACAAACUGGAAAAGUUGUGUGGGGAAAAUAUGCACAAGUUACAAACAACCCGGAAAAUGAUGGUGUUAUUAAUGCAGUACUUCUGGUUUAGUGGUUCAAGAAAUAAUUUUUUAAUUUCAAUUGAAAUUUUCACGUUAAUAAACCCAUAUAUAGACAACAAAA